AUUUCGAACUUCGAGGUGGUCACACUGGUGGAUAUCACUGCUGUGAAACGGGGCAGGACAAAACAAUUGACCAAUAGGAACCGAAACCCACCCGGGAUCGGAAUGGCUGGAUUUCUGAAGACAAGAAAGCGCAGCCGGGAGGAUGAUUUGGCCUGCGAGUCGCCCCUGUCGAAACGCAUCAACAACCUGAAUCUGAACUACGAGGACGGAAACAGCAACAGCAGCAACAGCUGCAGCAUUCCGCCACUGUCGGGUGGAGGAGCCACUGGUGGAUCCGGUGGGUCCGAUGCAGCCGGAAACGGUGUGGCGGCCGGAUACGAGUACAACCCAGAACUGGGAGCCGAACAGAACCCAUUUUACUACGAGAAGAACAAGGUGCUGUACGAUCUGCACGUCGAGCGCAUCAAGCGGAGCAGCCAGUAGCUAGUGACCAUGGAUUCCGGUGCGCGAGUCCAAGUCCUGGCACAGCCAUUUAAGUGCCAACACGAGUUAUCUGCAACAACACUCUGUAGUUAGUCUAAGUUUAAAGUAGUUCGCCUCCGUUCAUUCUACUGUGCGCGCACGGAUUUGGAUAUCUGUAUCUGGAGUCACUUGCGUUUGUGUGAUAAGCAUUGUUUAUUUGCAUGGCAUUAGCAUCGCUCCUGAUGCAUCCACAUAAUAAUAGUAGUAUAAAUCGAGCUAAGAGUCCAUCAAACACGCACAUGAAUAUACAUAAACUAAGUUCAUCGGUUACCAUCCCUUCAAUAUGUAUUUAUAAUCCUGCAUAUAUACUUUAUUCUAAGAAUAUUGUAAGAAAA